UCCUACCUAUUUAUCAUCAAAAAUAGUCACACGUUUCCAGUCCUUUUAAUCUGUAUCCUUGCGUCGUCUUGGUUGCACAGUACAACAAGCACAACAAUGUGUUCCACCGACAUCUUCCUUGGCUUCUUAGCCAUCCUCUUCCCACCGCUGCCUGUCUGGGUCAAAACCGGCAUCUGCUCCGCUGACUCUUUCAUCAACCUCCUUCUCUGCGUCCUCGGCUUCCUCCCCGGCCUUCUACACGCCUGGUACAUCAUUGCGAAGAACCCUACCCCACCAUUUGACUACGACGGCGCCGUUUACGACGCCAAUGACAUCGGCCGCGUUGAAAGCGGUCAACGAAUUUAUGUCUUUGUCCACGACCAGCCCGGCAACAAUCAAACCGGCGGUGGCCGCCACUACCACCACCAACAAGCCGCCCACAAGAAUCAGCAGCCGCAGCGACAAGGGCCCAUGAAUUACGGCACAACCGCUGGCCACGCGCCCCAAGAUUCGGGUAUUGCACAUGCUGGUCCUAGCGCAGGAGGAGACAGCGACAACAGCCAUGCUGCGCCCCCGCCGAGUUACGCGCAAGUAGUAGCAGGUGAUCAUAAAAUUCAGACUCAGGAUUAGGGUCCUUCUACAUCUACGAUGCCGACAGCCACUGAUGAUGUCUCUACUUCUGCAUCUGUCAAGACAGAGGGUGCUACUCGUUCUUUCAAAAAUUGGAAGAGCGCGGCUUGCGAUUGCCAGUGCGCUUGCGAGUGUCCUGAGCAGCAGUGUUGCAGUCCCCAACAAGCGCAGUCGUCAUAUUUGGCUUUGGUGAUGCAGUGGUUUCCUUUUUACGGAUCUCCGUGGCAUCCGUAAGGA